AUGCCGCCCAAGCACAAGCGAGUCCCUGUGGCACCUGUGGCCGUGCCUCCGCCCAAUUGGCCACCCCUCACUCCCCUGCGGCUCGAGUCCGACCUGGCCCUGCACCAAGUGUGGCCGGACCAGAUUAUCACCGUGCCGAGCCUUUGGACGUCGGCGCUGUGCAAGACAUACGUCGCUUUUCUCAAGUCUCUACCAUUGACGACCACGCCCGGGAAACCAAGGAAAGGCGACGCUGUCCGCGUGAAUGACCGCUUCCAGAUCGACGACCCGGCAUUCGCCGAGCAUCUCUGGAGCGGAACCGCCCUGAAGAACCUCGUGCUUGGCAUCAAUGAAGAGGGCCGUCUUGGGUUGACUCCCGAUGCCCAGAAUAAGUUAUGGGGCGGCGAAGUGGUGGGCCUGAAUCCCAAUAUCAGAAUCUACCGCUACACGAAAGGACAGUUUUUCGAUCAGCAUUACGAUGACUUCAACAAUGUCACCAUCCCUGGCCCGCCACCAGUUCCUGCCAAAACCACCUGGACUCUCCUUCUGUACCUCACCUCAUCGGCAACGGGAUGCGAGGGAGGCGAGACGGUAUUCUACCCCGAGCCUGAACUGCCGAAAAGGGGCAAAGCCAAGAAAGAAGCUCCCCCGCCAAUUGUGGUCGAUCUCGAAGUCGGCAUGGCACUUCUCCAUCGACACGGCGCGGACUGCAUGCUCCAUGAGGGCCGUGAAGUUCUGGGAGGAGAAAAAUGGGUCAUCCGGAGCGACUUGUGUGUACGGAAAUGA